GCGCUGCUGCUGGGCGAGGACACCGCGGGGGACUUCGGGGGCGACCCCGAGGGGGACCCCGAGCAGGAUCUUAACGCGACGUUCCCCGAAUUCUUGGACGUGGCGGUUGGCGGCACCUUCGACCGGCUGCACGGCGCCCACCGGCUCCUGCUCAGCGCCUGCUGCCUCCUGGCCCGGCGGCGGCUCCUGGCCGGGGUGGCCGACGGAGACCUGCUCCGCCACAAAGUCCUGCCGGAGCUGAUCGAGCCGUACGAGCUGCGGGCGGCGAAGCUGCGCGAGUUCUUGGAGGACGUGAAGCCCUCACUGUGCUACGACAUCGUGCCUCUGGCCGACCCCUUUGGGCCCUCAGUCACAGACCCCGACCUGCAGUGCCUGGUGGUCAGCGAGGAGACCCGCCGGGGAGGGGAGGCUGUCAACAGGAAGAGACUUGAAAAUGGGCUCACUGAGCUGGCUCUCCAUGAAAUCCAGUUGAUGAAGGACCCUGACCACAGCCAGAACGAGGAGGAGAAGAUCAGCUCCUCCAGCCUCCGGCAGAGGCUGCUGGGGACGCUGCUGCAGCCCCCACGGCAAGACCCAGCUCUGCCGUUGCGCCCGUACGUGAUUGGCCUGACUGGGGGAACUGGGAGUGGGAAAACCUCCAUUGCCAGACUCCUGGGGCACCUGGGCGCGUUCGUCAUCGACGCUGACAAGCUGGGCCACGCCGUCUAUGUCCCCGGUGGCCCGGCCUACGAGGCAGUGGUGGCAGCCUUUGGGGCAGAGAUCCUGAACAAAGAUGGAACGAUUAACAGGAAAGUCCUUGGAGCCAAAGUGUUUGGAAACCAGGAGCGGCUGAAGAGCCUGACAGACAUUGUGUGGCCCGAAAUAGCCCAGAUGGCAAAGGAGAAAGUCAGAGAGGCUGAUGCUCAAGGGAAGGCCGUGUGUGUGCUGGACGCUGCUGUGCUGCUGGAGGCCAGCUGGCAGGACAUGGUCCACGAGGUGUGGACAGCCAUCAUCCCAGAGGAGGAGGCCGUGAGGCGCAUUGUGGCCAGGGAUGGGCUGACCGAGGAGGCUGCUCGCCGCCGGCUGCAGAGCCAGAUGAGCAACAGGCAGCGGGUAGAGCAGUCACAGGUGGUGCUCUGCACCCUCUGGGAGCCGGACAUCACCCGCCAGCAGGUGCACAAGGCCUGGGACCUGCUGCAGCAGCGCCUGAGCCCGGAGCCCGGCCCGUGA